AUGGCUGGAUUGGAAGUUGAUUUGGUUACUAAUUACAUGACUAUCUCGUGGCGUGGUUGGACUAUAAAGUAUCAUAAAGCUGAUGAAUUAACUACUGAAGUAUACAUCCGUUGGAUCGAUGGCAAUUUGCAGACAGUUUAUAGUGAAGCUUGCAAGGUUGCGGAGAUAGAGUUCAAUGCAUUAAUUCGAAAGCGUUGUAAAAGCCAGCAAAAACUUGAUAGAGUUAUUGAGAUAUUUGAAACUUUUACUAAACUUGAAGUCCAAUUCUGGAGUAGAUGUAUUUAA